AUGACCUCCAACAACAAGCCAAGUGUAAGGUUAUAACAUAUUGUUUCCAGCAGCAAGUGUCGUGCAGACUUACUGUGAAUUUAAUUAUUUUAACAACCAUUAAUAAUUAAAAUGGCUUCGAAAAGAUCUCGAGAUUACGCAAAAGAUAGAGAGCAAUUAAAGGUAUUUUUAGAAGAAUUUGUAAAAAUGGAUGAUAAAUCUGGUCAAAAAUUCUUUAUAUAUAGGGAACAAUUAACUCGGAUAGCUCAUAGGGAGCAAAUUGCACUUACAAUAGAUCUCGAUGAUAUUCAUGAAUUUGAUAAUGAAUUAGCAGAGGCUAUUGCUAACAAUGCUCGACGAUAUGUAAAUCUACUUUUAGAGCUUAUUCAAGAAAUGUUGCCGGAUUUCAAAGAACGUCCAGUACCACCUAAAGAUGCUUUGGAUAUUUAUAUUGAACAUCGAUUGCUGAUGGAAGCAAGAAAUAGACAUCCUGGUGACCAACGUGAUCCUAGAAAUAGAUACGCUCCGGAAUUAAUGCGUCGAUUUGAAGUAAACUUCAAAAACUUUGAUGCUGCUAAACAGCUGUCAGUGCGAGAUUUAAAAGCUGGCAGCAUUGGAAAAUUAGUAACUGUUCGUGGAAUAGUUACAAGAUGUACAGAAGUAAAGCCUAUGAUGGUCUGUGCUACAUAUACAUGCGAUCAGUGUGGUGCUGAGACUUAUCAAACUAUCCAAUCUCUCAGUUUUAAACCUUUGAACAUGUGUGAGAGUGACGACUGUAAAGUAAACAAAUCUGGUGGUAGACUGUACAUACAAACAAAAGGAUCAAAAUUUAUCAAAUUUCAAGAGGUCAAAAUACAGGAACACAGUGAUCAAGUACCUGUUGGACAUAUUCCAAGAUCAUUAACUAUUUAUUGUAGAGGAGAAACAACAAGGCAAUGUUUACCAGGAGAUCACGUUGUAUUUACUGGAAUAUUUUUACCAAUUAAUAAAACUGGCUAUAAUGCAAAUCCCGGAGGUGCUUUGUUGAACGAGACAUUUUUAGAUGCUCACCAAGUCGUUACAUUAACAAAUCUACAAACUGCAGAUGACAGCAGUAAACAGUUGACUCAAGAAGAACUCGACAGCUUCAUGGGAGACGAUUUUUAUACUAAAUUAGCUACUUCAAUUGCUCCAGAAAUUUAUGGACUGAUUGAUGUAAAGAAAGCUCUUUUACUUUUACUCGUUGGAGGAACUGAUAAGAAAAAAGGAGAUAUUAAAAUUCGUGGUAACAUCAACAUCUGUCUCAUGGGAGAUCCAGGAGUAGCAAAGUCUCAAUUGUUAGGAUUCAUUACUCGUUUGGCACCUCGGUCUCAAUAUACAACAGGACGUGGAUCAUCAGGAGUUGGUUUAACAGCUGCAGUUCUGAAAGAUCCUCUUACUGGGCAAAUGAUGUUAGAAGGAGGUGCUUUGGUUCUCGCUGAUCAAGGUGUAUGCUGUAUUGACGAGUUUGAUAAAAUGGCUGAUGCAGAUAGAACUGCAAUUCACGAAGUAAUGGAGCAACAGACCAUUUCUAUAGCUAAAGCUGGUAUUAUGACCAGAUUAAAUGCUCGAGUAUCCAUUUUAGCUGCUGCUAAUCCUGCAUAUGGAAGAUAUAACCCUAAGAGGACUAUAGAACAGAACAUUCAGCUUCCUGCGGCUUUAUUAUCACGUUUUGAUCUCCUUUGGCUCAUUCAGGACCGCGCAGACCGGGAUAACGACCUCCGGCUUGCUCAACACAUUACUCAUGUUCAUCGUACUGGAGUUCAGCCUGCUACAGAAACUGAAGCUCUGGACAUGAAUUUGAUGAGAAGAUACAUUGCACUUUGUAGAACACUUGAACCUAUGGUUAGCCCAGAAAUAACUGAUUACAUUGUUGAAUCAUACGUAGAGAUGCGAAGAGAAGCAAGAAAUAGUCAUGAUAAAACUUUUACUUCAGCAAGAAAUCUCUUAGCUGUUCUACGUCUAUCAACGGCUCUCGCACGCCUUAGAUUAUCUAAUGAAGUACAGAAGGAAGAUGUUGCUGAGGCUAAUCGUUUAGUGGAAAUGUCCAAGUAUUCAAUUAAUCAUUCUGAGACUCAAACAAUAAAUAGAGGUGUGAGUACAGCAAAUAAAAUAUUCCAGUUGAUCAGAGAAAUUGCUGGAGAUUCUAAGACAGUUAAAGUUUCUGAAAUCUUAGAAAGAUGUACCAAUAAAGGAUUCAAUCAACAUCAAGUUGAUGAUUGUAUUGAAGAAUACGAAGAACUUAAUGUUUGGCAAGUGAAUCAAGCCAGAACUCAACUUACCUUUUUUUAAAAUAAAUUAAACUAAUCAUUUUUUUUAUCCAAAUAUCAAUUUGAUGAAUGAAUUAUUUAAGUAAAAUUAGUCGAAUUCGACUUUUUAGACUAUCUCUUCAAUAAGCGCUACUUUGAAAACUGUAUUUUUAUGAAUAAAACUGUA